AUGGGUUGCAUUUGCUCGAAAGGAACUCGAGCAAAUGAAUAUGUUGAAAACAACCGUCGCAAAAGAGACAAGGCCCACAAGGACUCUGGAAAAACCUCAAAAAAGUUGCCUGUUUCGUCUAAGAGGGACAAUGUUUUGGUGGAGGCAGAUGCCACAGCACGUCUGAUAUCGAAUCAGCAGGCAAAUCACAAUGCCGGUUAUGCGCCAGCAUCCUCUUCUGAUGAUGAGGAAAAGAAGGAAGCAUUGGCGGUUGUUGAGAGGUCUAAAAGGACCCCACCCCAGCUGCAAAGGAGGGCAACAAUGGAGGCCGGGCUAAGGGCCGGACAAGGGCAGCAACCGAGGAUGUCCAGGAUCAUGAGUGCAGCUGGUGGCGAGCAAGGGGCACAGGUGGUUGCUGGUUGGCCUUCUUGGCUAGCAGCUGUAGCUGGAGAAGCCAUCAAUGGGUGGAUACCUCGAAAGGCGGACUCAUUUGAAAAGUUGGAAAAGAUCGGUCAAGGAACUUACAGCAGUGUGUACAAAGCCCGUGACCUUGAAUCAAACAAGAUAGUUGCCUUAAAGAAAGUGCGAUUUGCUAAUAUGGACCCUGAAAGUGUUCGUUUCAUGGCAAGAGAAAUUAUUAUAUUGCGUAGGCUUGAUCAUCCUAAUGUCAUGAAGCUUGAUGGUCUAAUUACUUCUAGGGUGUCUGGAAGUUUAUACCUUAUAUUUGAAUACAUGGAGCAUGAUCUUGCAGGGCUUGCAGCAACAUCUGGGGUUAAGUUCAGUGAGGCCCAGAUCAAGUGUUAUAUGCAACAGCUGCUUCGUGGACUUGACCACUGCCAUAGUCGUGGGGUUUUGCACCGUGACAUCAAGGGCUCAAAUCUCUUGAUAGACUAUAACGGCAACCUCAAAAUUGGUGAUUUUGGACUGGCAACCUUUUUCUGUCCCAGUCAGAAGCAGCCUCUAACAAGUCGUGUAGUAACGUUAUGGUACCGCCCUCCUGAGCUUUUGCUUGGUUCUACAAACUAUGGAGUUGCUGUCGAUCUGUGGAGUUCUGGUUGCAUCCUUGCAGAAUUAUUUUCUGGAAAGCCUAUCAUGCCUGGAAGAACUGAGGUGGAGCAACUGCAUAAAAUCUUCAAACUCUGUGGAUCACCUUCUGAAGAGUAUUGGAAGAGGUCCAAAUUGCCACAUGCAACUAUUUUCAAACCUCAACAUCCUUAUAAACGUUGUGUUCCUGAGACAUUCAAGGACUUUCCUUCAUCUGCUUUGGCCCUUUUGGAGGUUCUUCUUGCAAUAGAACCUGAGUGUCGUGGAACAGCUUCUUCAGCACUUCAGAGUGAGUUCUUUACAACAAAUCCUCUUCCAUGUGAUCCAUCCAGUUUGCCCAAGUACCCACCUAGUAAGGAGUUUGAUGCCAAGCUUCGAGAAGAGGAAUCUAGAAGGCGAAGAGCAGCUGGUGGAAAAGUACAUGAACAUGAUCCAGUUAGAAAGGCUUCCAGACAAUCUACAGCCGUGCCAGCCCCAGAUGCCAAUGCUGAGUUACAGGCAUCCAUACAGAAGCGGCAAGGACAGUUCAAUACUAAAAGCGUCAGUGAAGUAUACCAUCCUGAAGAAGACAGGGGCGCUGGCUUUCGUAUUGAGCCUCCAAAAGGAACAGCAAGAGUUGUAUACUCUCAUUCUGGCCAGUCAAUGCACCCAAAUAACUUUGGAUCAUCGCGGAAUAUGAAGGCACAUGAGAUUGAGUCUAUGAAGGCUUCUGCUCGAGCAUUUGGUUCUCCAAGGAAGCCUGAAGAGUUGAGAACUCAGACAACAUAUGUCCAUCAUGGAGCAGUGGAAUUGUCCAGAUUUUCUAACUCAGUUGCAGUUAGAGGCAGUUCACGGUUUGAUAUGACCAAAGAGAAUAGCAUAAAUCCACACUGGCCAGAGGAACGCUUUACUGCCAGAUAUAACCAUAUGGAUAAUGCUGAGCCCUCUGAAAAGCAUGAAUGGUCCCAUCAUUUACUUGAUAGGCCAAAGACUUCCCAUGAGAAGGAUGAACAGCCAUCUUCCCAGGAAACGACAGUGGGUUAUGUUCCCAAGAAAAAUCGAAUCCACUAUUCUGGACCAUUGCUGCCUCCUGGAGGAAACCUUGAGGAAAUGCUCAAAGAGCACGAGAAACGAAUCCAGCAGGCUGUCCGCAAAGCUCGUUUAGACAAGACAAAGACAAAAAAUGACUUCAAUGAUAAUGGACAAACUGAAUUGCUGCUUUACCACACGAGAAAUGGCAGGUGACAAUUGGAAAGAAGUUUAUACUGGCAUUGUUUGGAUGCAGAAGCUCAGCAGAGUGUCAUAAUUUAAUUAUUAGAAAGAAGUAUUGUCUGUUGGAGGUCUGAACAAGUCUUGCUGCUAGAAGAGGUUCAAAUAAUCAUGAAAUUUCUAUGAAUUUUCAACCCAGCAGCUUGAUAACUUUUCUGUCUUAACUUCACUAUGAAGUUCUAACCACAGAAAUCUUUUCUGUCUUAAGUUCACUAUGAAAUUCUAACCACAGAAAAACGGCAGAAGAUUGAGAAUGGUGGGUGGUAUAUGGUGAUUGCUGUUGAGAUUUGCAUACU